AUGGAGCUCAUCGACGUUCGUGGUGUCAUGGUACCUCACCGUGCUUUGCAUGUGGAGGGAGACGGUUCAUGUUUUUUUUAUUCACUUUCGUAUCACAUGUAUAGCACCGUCUCACAUGCGCCUCAUUUACGGGCGAGUGUCGUACAAUACGAUUGUAACAAUUGGCAACGGUUUGAACCGUACAGUAUGAUGCCGUGUAGUAAUAUUUACAGAAAUAUUAACGAAUAUCAUGCUCACAUGUCCCUUCCUACCACUUAUGCCACCCCUUGUGACAUUCACGCUGCUUUUGAAAUAUGCCCGUACCAUUUAGUGGUAUACAGAGAUGGCGAUGUUAUUUUACAGCCGGACGAGUACUUGGAAGAAAAGUUAAUAUUUCAUUUUAAGUGCACUGGUCCUAUGAUGAACGCACAUUUUGAACCACUUAUUCCUCUAUAUGCCCCUUCUUCUCCUUCAAAUGUACUUACCGUCUGUACUUCAUUUGUCUCAGGCAGUACUGCCAAACCACAUGCAAUAUCUGAAUGCCAACAGUUGUCAUCGGACAACAGUUCUAUAGUAAUUAAUGAAAAAAGUAGAAAAAGGACGAAAACGAAUUUGCAUAAAAAAAUAGUUAGCACACAACAAUAUUACCCAUAACAUUUUAAAAUAAUAUUGUAAAUAUGAAAAAAAAUAUACACAAAAAUGAAGCCGGAUAAUUAUAAAAAAAAGCAAAAUCAAUUGAUUAAGUAUAACAAAUAUAUAGCACUCAACAAUAUUACCGAUAUAAUUACACAUGUGGCUACAAAUUUAAUAUUAUAUAAUUUACAUUUAAAAAGACAUUAUUUUUUUCGACAACGCUUCAACAGCGUUUUACACAUAAAAGGAGUUUUUCCGGGUAACGCCCGGAUUCAUUUAGGAAUACACAGUCCGCAUUGUAUAGCAUUAUUUCUUUCCCCUGUCCUGUAUAUAAUAUAUUAUUAUACAUAUGUAUUAUUCAUGUAUAGUGGUUUAUUUUCCCCGAAGUGCUACGACCGAAUAAAAAUACAUUAGGGUGUUGUUCACGCGCAUAAUAGAAUACGAAAUGGAAUAGAAAAUACAGCAUUUACCACGGUCAUCUGCUAUCCACCUCGAAACUGGUUCCGAAGAAUGUCGAGACCACCCUCGACGACGCACACGGCUUGCAGCUGCCACAAUAUAAAAAAGUAUUCUAUUGUAUCAGGUACGGUUUGA